AUGUUGGGUGCGAAUAAAUCUAAAAAAAGGAAGGUAGUGAAAGAAACCCCAGAUGAACGCCAAGUAGUUAAGUGCGCGGUAGCAAAUCUAUCGGUCGAGCUAUUCCUCGAGGUCGGGUCCUACUGCGACCUCGUUGACCUUCUCAAUCUCAGUCGAGCCAAUAAAUGGCUUCAUGGUGUUUUCUUCAGCCGUUCUGCUUCAUCUUGCUGGAAACAAGCCGCUCAAAACGAGCAGAGUGAGGGGUUACCGCCCUGCCCAGAUGAUCUAGAUCUCCGACGAUACGUUAGCCUGAUGAUGGAUCAACACUGCGAACGGUGUGGCGAGGACGAUGGUUACAACACGGUGUUAUGGGCUGCACGAGAACGUUUGUGCCGCCGUUGUAUCAAGACCCACUACAGAGCGACCCUUCCUAACUUUCUUAUGCCGAAUAUGUACGGCUAUGAAAAACUGAUGGCCAUCAAAAUCUGGCAACCUGACGAGAGGCGCUAUCAUUAUGGACUAAUCAGAGGCGCAACUCGAUACGCGGUGAGAGAAAUUAAACUCCUGAAGGAAGUAGUUCCCGGGAUGUCGGUAGGGGAACUAGCUAAGAUGAUGGGACUCAUUGUAGGGCAAAGAGCCAAGGAGAACAACGGUGUCCAUUCCGUGUGGCUAUACGGCCGGUAUACGGUCGCAGCCGAGGAACGGCAUGCCAUCGAGCAGAAGGCCUACCAGAAGAACCUCGAAUUGUCGCUCAAGUUGGAACGAGAACGGGAGAGCAAGAGGAAAGCGGCUGUGGAGAAGCGGUGGGAAGCCAUCAAGGCGAAAUUAACCGAAGCAGGAUUCGACGACGUCUUGAAUGUGGAAGUAUACACCUCUUUGGUGCGUCAGAGGCAAAGCGUCAAUCAGGAGCGCCAAUUCGUAGACAAAGAAUGGAGCGACCUGCGCAAGGAGCUCAAUCCUAUACUAAAUGACCUGUGUAUCAAAGUGGCAGAACACCGCCGCAAAGACGUGCUGGUUCUGCGCCUUGUUCAACUAAAGUCCCUGAUAGAAGAGGUGGCGACCUCUGACGAGGACCUCGCCAACAUUCCUUCCUGUCACUAUGCCAAUUUCGCCAUGGACUCGGACGUAAAGGACAAAAUCCGCCAGUUCCCUGGCGCCGGCGAGCUUAGUCCAGAGGUGCUCGAUACCAUACGCGGGAAGUUGACGGUCCAAAAGCUUCGACGAGACUUUGAAUGGCGUUUGUCCCGAAACUUCCCCUCCGUCGUAAAGCAACACAGGGAUCAAUCGCUGAAGGACCACCCCCUUGCCCUCUUCAUGUGUUACCAUGAUUCAUGUAAUGCUGGGAAGACGAAUCCCCUCACAUCCAUAACCGCCAUGCAUCCAUGCUUGUGCGAUCGUUUUACGCCUAGAAAGUUGUGCCUACUCGAAAAGGUUCCCGGUGGUGCUUAUGACUACGCUGUCCGUGAGGUAUUCCAGUUCGCCCCUUGGAAAUUCGGGCACCUGAAACUCCAUUGGGAUUCGGGAGCCAUGAAGCACCUGAUGGAGCUGGGCAGUAUAGACCCCGCCCAGGGAAGAGCACAGGACAUGGACCAGGCGGGUUUCUUCGUGCAGUGUCAUUCAUGUAAGAACAAGGUUCGGGGCAUGAUAAUGGGUUGGCGUACUGCUUUUCACCACAUGUCAACAACGCAUAUCACAGGAAACCUUGAUCUACGACUUGCAGGCGAGGAAGAGACGAAGCUCGCUCGGACCCUCACGAAGGAGACCGAGAAGACCUCACGCGAGGCUCAUGAGAAGCUCUCGCUCUGGCAGUGUUUAUUCUGUCCUGCUAACAAGAGGAUGUCGCUUUUAAUGCCGGAACUGGUGGUCCAUCUGAAGCAUGAAAACGACCUGCGAGAAGGCCAUAACCAUGAGCGGGACCCACAAAGCCCUCCUUAUGUUCCUCACGCGGUCGCUCUUCUCCCUCCUGGUAGCAAUAAAAACCUCAAAGAAACGGAGAAACUGUGGCUAGAGCAAGGGUUCGCGAAGGUGAUGAAGAAGUGA